GGCCCCUCACUUUCCAAUCUUAAGCCGCAUUUAGGUCAAAAUUGUUCGGCCUGGUUUAAGCCUUUUUAUAUUUCAAAGGCAAUGAGUGACGCUCAAAUUGACUACGCUCUGGAUUUGAUGAGAAGGCUCCCUCCCCAGAGGACGCAAGAAAAUCUAGCAAACCUGUUAGAUCUUGUUCCUCUAAUUGGUGAAAGUUUACUUUCGAUGAUUGACCAGCCUUUAAAAAUAGCUAAAGACGAAAAGAAUGGUAGAAGUUACCUUCUUUGCGAUUAUAAUAGAGAUGGAGACUCUUAUCGUUCCCCUUGGUCCAAUCAGUACUUUCCAGAAAUUGAAAAUGGUGCACUCCCCUCAAGUAAACUUAGAGACUUGGAACUUGUAGCUAACGAUGCUUUUGAAGUUUAUCGCGAGAUGUAUUAUGAGUCUGGAGUUUCUUCAGUGUAUUUUUGGGACUUAGAUAAGGGUUUCGCCUGUGUCGUUCUGAUUAAAAAAUCUGGGGAUGGAUCCCGUAGCAUUAAAGGUUGCUGGGACGCCAUCCAUGUCUUUGAAAUUAUAGAGAAAGGGAAAUCUGCUCUUUAUCGGUUGACUUCGACUGUUAUGCUUUGGCUGCAAACAGACAAGCCAGCCUCUGGCACCAUGAAUCUUGGCGGGAGUUUAACCAGACAGGAGGAAAAAGACUAUCCGUUAUCCGAAUUUAAUAUGCAUGUCCCUAAUAUCGGGCGUAUGGUCGAAGAAAUGGAAAAUAAAAUGAGAGGUUACUUGAGCGAAAUAUACUUUUCGAAAACGAAGGACGUUAUCAACGACAUCCGCAAAAUGCAAGGCGUUCGGCACGGCCAAGCCAUGAAAGCCAUGCAGUCAGAGCUAGCUGCAAGUCUUGCUCGCAGAAACAAGUGACACGAUCGUUUCCCCAUUUGGUUUCGGGAACAAUA